AUGGCGGACUAUAGCGGAGCUAUAUCCCUUUCGCAAGCUCAUACCUCCGAUGAUGACUCAUCGGAGCACAGCCCUCGAAGUGUCCCAACACUCUCCACCGCUGCCACUGGCGGAGGCGGUGGCUCUUCCAAGUCAAAAACUAGCAACAAGAUUAUUACUCUUGAUCAUCAUCCACCACCACCACCACCACACCAAACUCCUUCUUCAUCCGAGAACACUGUUAGGAAGCCUAGAGGUAGGCCUCCAGGGUCCAAAAACAGCAAACCCACCAUUGUUAUUACCAGAGACAGUGACUCAGCUAUGAAGCCAGUGAUUCUCGAGAUCUCCGCUGGUUCUGAUAUUAUUGAUACUAUUAUCAGUUUUGCUCGUAGAAACCAUGUUGGCGUUAGUAUUAUCAGUGCUACUGGGUCUGUGUCAAACGUCACACUCCGCCAUCCUGUCUCUCACGCUUCCGCGCUCUCUCUUCAUGGACCCUUUGGGCUACUCUCUUUGUCUGGCUCAUUCAUUGGCUCUAGUACUGUAUCUUCUUCUAAUAAAACACCCCAAUCAUCUUCGUCAUCGGCGUCACCAUCACCUUCUUCUUUGUCUUCUCCUCUGUGUUGUUCUUUUGGUGUAACUCUUGCAGGGGCACAGGGGCAAGUGUUUGGAGGGAUAGUAGGAGGGAAAGUAAUGGCAGCAACGCAGGUGAUUGUGGUGGCUGCUACUUUUAUAAACCCUGCGUUUCAUAGGCUGCCGUGCGAAGGUGAUAAUGAAGAUCAUCAUCAGGAAACCAAGCCUGGUGUUCAUAGUAACGUUGGUGGUGGUGCUGCUGCUACUGCUGCUGCUGUUGGUGCAACUGAGUCUUGCUCUUCUGCUGGCAUGUCCAUGUCUGUUUAUGGCGUAGCAAGUCCUUCCCCACUCAGUUGCCAGAUCUCUCCUGAUGUUAUGCCCUGGGGACCUUCCUCACGUCCUUACUGAGCAGAAGAAAAUGAACAUGUCAAAGAAACUUCAAGCAUACCUUAAUUAGCUAGGUAGUUUUUGGUUUACAUUAUCAUCAUCAUCAUCUUAAGCUCAUUGGAACUGUUUUGGGUGUUUGAG